AAGUACCAUCUGACGGGCACUUGCUCCAUGUGGCAUGUGCGCGUGCUUCGCUGGCACCUUACAGAUGGAUUUGCUCAGAUAUACCCACUUGGGUCGUCGUUUGGUAUCUUACCGGUGUAUAUACUUCCGUAGGUCAAUAUUAGCUUUUCCUUGUUAGGGGAGCACAUCAUAGCCAACGCCACCAAGAGCCCUGACUUUUAGAUGGGGAUGGCUGCGACGAUACGCUGCGUUCCCGUUGCAGUCCUGUCCACAUUCCUCUUCGAGGUUGCGUAUGCGCGCGUCAGCUUGGUCGAGGAAUUUUUCAUAGUGCCAGAGCGCACUGCGCAAGGUGUAAACCCUGGGAGCAUAAAUAAAAUCAGUUCCCGUUAUCAGAACGCGCUAUCACAUGGCGUCUCAAACCAGAGUAUUUGGCAUACAACGCAGCUGAAACACAGCGAGGGGUGAAACACAUACCAUGUACACUGCCGAACCGAGGAGCGCGAUAGGAAUCAUGCCGGGAAGCAUAGACGAGUACCAUUCGGCGUGUUUAGAAUGCUUCUGUCCGUCGCUAAACUCGUCCCUCUCAACCUGUCCUCCGUCGAUCUCGACCAUCCCCCAACUCCACGACCAUACCGCUGCAAGUCAUCCCUUGUUUAUUCCAUCUCGUCCAGUGUCUUCGCACUGUGCACGCUCCUCUCACUCCUCAUCCCGAUAUGUCCGACCCCGCGGUUUGCGAACAUGGAACCUGUUCAAACAGUGGUCUCCGGUACUCGCAUAUGGUGCAACCAGUCUCGGUUUUCUCCUCGCCAUCGCAUUCUGGAAAACAGAGGUCUUUGAUGGUCUCGAUCAACUCUCGCAUUGGCUGCGAAAUGACGAGUACUUUGGAUAUGUCGUACUCUUCUGUCUUAUAUUCAUCACCACUUUCCCCCCUCUCCCACUGUACUCCACGCUGAUCACAUUGUCUGGAUAUACAUUUGGUCCGUGGACUGGCGCGAUCAUCUCAUACUCGGCAGCAUUAUCAGGCGCUAUCGUCGUCUUCUCCUUAUCGCGUACGUUUCUACGUGAACCCAUCGCUCGAUGGCUGCAGUCCACACGUGGCCUCUGUCGAGCCGUGCGUGCCAUCGAACGCAAACCAUCACUCCUGUUCUUGGUUAGAUUGGCCCCGUAUCCGUAUAAUGUCCUAAAUGCACUUCUUGCGGCGACUCCGACGCUAGAGAUGAAGACUUACGUGAUAUGUACCGCUCUCUCCCUCUUCAAAGUGAUCGUACACACCAGCAUCGGUGCAGGAAUCCGUUCUUUCAGCACACAUCAAGUCGCACCCGAUGAAAGUGGAUGGAGCCAAAUGUGGACGGCGGGCGGCAUCAUGCUCUGCGUAGUACUGUUUAUCUACAUCAGCUGGGUCGCACGUCGAGCUGUAGAUGAUGAACUAGAGGACGAAACAGACGUGGGCGCUAGCGCGUCCGAGGAACGGGUGGCGUUCCUAGCCCUUGAUUCCUCUGUGGACGAAGAGACAGAGUUACAUCCAUACAGUCGUCUCCCUCCUUCCAGGGAAAACAUGUCCGAAGCUCACCUUGCGCCCUCCCACCCUAUCUCGGCACGGUGA